CUCAUUUCACUCCCACCCUACAGUGUUUUUUUGUGUGCAUGUCCCUCCUUUAAAAAUCUCUUCAAACAGCAAUUAAGUAGCCGAGGAUAAAACGGAGCAGCUCACAGGGAUCUGGGGCAGUUUGGAGCAAGAUGGCCAGCUGUAAACUUCUGUGGACCCUUCACGCACUCUUAACACUGUGUCUGCUGAGGACCUCUCUACAAGGAGGGGUACCCGGUGCUGGAGCAGGAGGACUUUAUGGAGCACUUUAUCCAGGCGGUGUACAUGGUGGCUACAAACCAGGAAAGGCUGCAGGCAUUGGUGCUGGUGGACUUGGUGCUAUUCCCGGGGCUGGUGUAGGCACAGGCAUUGGUGCUGGUGGACUUGGUGCUGGUGGACUUGGUGCUAUUCCCGGGGCUGGUGUAGGCACAGGUAUUGGUGCUGGUGGACUUGGUGUUAUUCCUGGGGCUGGACUAGGUACAGGGCUCGGCGCAGGAGUUGGAGCAGGAGGCCUGAUCCCUGGGCUUGCAGCAGGAACAGGUAUUGGAGUCAAGCCACCAAAACUAGGUGCUGGAAUUGGAGGUCUAGGUGGUCUUGGUGGUGUUCCUGGGGGUCUAGGUGGUCUUGGUGGUGUUCCUGGUGGUCUAGGUGGUUUUGGUGGUGUUCCUGGUGGCCUUGGAGGUUUUGGCGGCAUUCCUGGUGGCCUUGGAGGUCUUGGUGGCAUUCCUGGUGGCCUUGGAGGUCUUGGUGGCAUUCCUGGUGGCCUUGGAGGUCUUGGUGGCAUUCCUGGUGGCCUUGGAGGUCUUGGUGGACUUGGCGUAGGACAAUAUCCAGGAGGUGUGAAACCACCCAAAGUUCCAGGUACUGGAGUCGGAGUUCCUGGUACUGGUGUUGGUGGAACUGGAAUUGGAGGUGUUGGCACUGGAGUACAGCCUGGUGUUUCUUCAGGUGCUGUUAUUCCACAAACAGGUGCACAACCAGGUGUUGGUGCCGCAGGAAAACCUGGAAAACAAUUACCAGGUGUGGGUAUCCCUGGUGUCUACCCAGGUGGUUUCAUUCCAGGUCCGGGAGGCCUGCUGCCUGGGACUGGUGUUGGGGUUUUGCCUGGUGUUCCAACAGGAACUGGAAUUAAACAAAAAGUACCAGGUGCAGGAGGAACAGUUGCAGGAGUACCAGGAGUUGGUGGUUUUGGAGGACAGCAGCCUGGUGUUCCCCUGGGAUACCCCAUAAAAACACCUAAACUCCCAGGGGGAUACGGCCUACCUUACUCCAGUGGAAAACUGCCCUAUGGAUUUGGCACAGGAGCUGGCAUUGGAGGUGUUCCUGGAGCUGGACUACCUGGAUUUCCCACUGGAACAGGUGCUGGAGCCCAAGCUGCUGCUGCAAAAGCAGCUGCCAAAGCAGCCAAAUAUGGUGCUGGUGGCCGGUAUCCUGGUGUUGGUUCUAUUGGAGGUGUGCCUGGACUGGUACCUGGUGUUGGACUGGGAGGAGGUCUUGUACCAGGAGCAGGUGCUGGUGGCCGGUAUCCUGGUGUUGGUUCUAUUGGAGGUGUGCCUGGACUGGUACCUGGUGUUGGACUGGGAGGAGGUCUUGUACCAGGAGCAGUGCCUGGAGCUGUCAGCGCCAAAGCUGCAAAGUAUGGUUAUGGCAUUCCAGGAGCAGGUGUUGCUGGACUUCCAGGUGUAGUUCCAGGAGCUGGAGUUGGCAGACUUCCAGGUUUUGUCCCAGGUGUAGGUGUUGUACCAGGUGCAGGUGUUGUCCCAGGUACAGGAAUUGUCCCCGGAGCUGGUAUUGGCAUUUCUCCUAAAGCAGGUGUUGUACCAGGUGCAGGUAUUGGAGUUUCUCCAGGAGCUGGUGUUGUUCCAGGAACUGGUGUUGGUGUUGUUCCAGGAACUGGUGUUGGUGUUGUCCCAGGAACUGGUGUUGGUGUUGUCCCAGGAACUGGUGUUGGUGUUGUCCCAGGCACUGGUAUUGGUGUUGUCCCAGGCACUGGUGUUGGAGCAGUUCCAGGAGCUGGUCUUGGUGUUUCUCCUAAAGCAGGUGUUGUCCCAGGAGUUGGCGUUGUCCCAGGAGCUGGGGUUGGCAUAGGAUCUGUUAUCCCAGGAGUUGGUGUUGUCCCAGGAGUUGGGGUUGUCCCAGGUGCUGGUGUUGUCCCAGGAGUUGGUGUUGUCCCAGGCACUGGUAUUGGUGUUGUCCCAGGCACUGGUGUUGGAGCGGUUCCAGGAGCUGGAGUCGGUGUUUCUCCUAAAGCAGUUCUUCCUGUGCAACCUGGAGUUCUGGUGCAGCCCUCUGGUACAGUCACAUCUGUUUCUGGUGCAACUCCAGCCCCAGGUGCUGCAAAUGGCACUGUAAUACAUGGUGGUGUUGCAGGCACAGGAGUUGUUCAGCCUGGAGUUGGUGUAGUCCAGCCUGGUGUUGGUGGUGUCGCCCCUGGAGCAGUUGUGCCGGGUGCUGGUGUUGGUGUAGGUGGUGUUGGAGUUGGAGGUGUUGGUGCAGGCAAGCCCCUCAAACCUGGUGCUGCCGGACUUCCUUUUGUAGGUGGAGCUGGUUUGCAGCCUGGUGCAGGUCUACAACUCCCAACUGGAAUUGGUGCUGGCCUGAAGCCUGGCAAAAUAGGUGCUGGUGUUGGCCUUGGAGGUGUGCCAGGAGUCCCAGGUGCUGGACUAGGUGGUCUCGGAGGUGUUCCUGGAGGUGCAGGAGUUGGUGGCGUUGGAGUCCCUGGAGUUCCAGGUGCGGGAAUUGGUGGACUUGGAUACCCUGCAGGUGCCCGAUACCCUGGUGGCAUUAAACCUCCAAAGCCAGGUUAUGGAGCAGGUGUCCUCCCUGGUUUUGGAUAUUCUCCCAUUGCACCAGGACUAGCCAGCCAGUUGGGAUAUCCAGCAGGUAAACCACCAAAGUCAUAUGGUGGAGCAUUAAACCUACUUGCAGCAUACAGAGGAGGUUAUCCUUGUGGAGCAGGCAAACUAUGCGGAAAGAGAAAGUAAAUCACUUUGCCAUGGAGAUGUGACCUCACAUGAAUAAUGGUGCUACUGCAUGAUUUAGAAUGUAACAUUAUGUCUGUGUGUGUUUCGUUUUACAAAAGGAAAAUCCCCCACUCCUUCCCAUCAAACAUGUGUGAAAACCCCUGGCAGUUAACUUUGAAAGAGGGGGCCAGGUUCUGGAAUUUUCAUAGAAGGGCGGUCCGCUAUGGGAAGUAUUAACAGGAAAGUGAAAUUGUUGACUAGAAAGGGAAAUGAUUGCUGGUGACAUUAAUUUAAGCCUGUAUAUGCCCAUAUCAUCAAGACAAGUGGCCAACUUAACGUACGUUGGAUUUUAUAUUAACUCCCCCAGACCUAUUACCAUUCCUCAUAUGUGCAUAUUUAAGUCUACAUACUGUACAUUUGCAUAGCCACUUGUUUGGUUCCUUUUGCAAGAAAGCACCUCACCCUCAAAUAAUGUGAAGGAUGGGACUGGGGACAUAAUGGGGGAAACACGUUGUAGGGGUGAAGUGCUGUUUCUGUUUCACUUUAAUUACCUCCUCUGAUUCCUCCAUGCAAGUGAAAUAAUUCAUUCCAUGCUAAACACUUUAAAGGCUAUUUCUCUACCAGUAGGUUUAUAAAAAUUUUGAAAACUUUGUGAUUCUUCUCACUACAUAGCUACUGUCACCAAAUCCUUCCAUUCUAUGGCUGUAGCCAUGUCUUUCAAAGCUAUCAGAGCCUGACUUGUGAUAUGGUGUUUAUAAACUCUGCAUAAGCAUUCUCUUCUGACCUGAAUUACAGUUUUCCCUGGCCUGAGUGGAAGUGUUGGAAGCAAAUAUUGACUAUGCUGAGACAGGAAUCAUAGCCACAUGCUGCAGAAAAUAAUGUCUUCCUAAUUACUAGACAAGCUCCCUGACCCUACAAUAAAAUGGUGCUGAAAUAUACUGUGCUCAUAUGUUAUGUGCCUUAUAUUUAAUUAAGGAGUUUUGUAUGUACCUGAUAAGACUUGAUAGGGAUUUCAAUUAUUGGGGGAAAUUAUCACAUUUAUAGGUGUAGCCAAACCUAAGAAUAAAAAAAAAAAUAAAAUAAAAAAAAAUAAAAAAAAAACUUUGGAUAGUCAUGGUUUGUCAGACAUGUCUCAGUUUGAAAGAUCUUAUUAAGCUUUACAAUCACAAACAAACUUAACAUAUUUCAAGAAAAUUAUUGUAUGCAAAAAUAUAACAGUCUUUGUACAGAAACAAGGAUGACAGCUCUGUAGGCUAAUAGACUUGUGCCUUGUGACAGCUUUCAACCAAUCAGGUUUUAGAGUGCUCUUAUUCAUUUCUGAAAGUCAACAUGAUUACAGAAAUCUCUACACUUACACCACAUCAAGUCUUACAAGAAAUGGUUUCACUUUCCUUUAACUAUUACCUAUAUAGAUAUGUGUAUAUAUAAUCUGUGUUUGGUCAGUUUGCACCAUCUGGAACUUGACGUUUGAAAUAUCUUUGUCCAGAAUGUUGUAAAUUAUAUAUUGAAGACAAAGUUUAAAUAGUUGUUUAGCUUGUGCAAUAUGCUAUUUCUGUGGAUUAUUUUAGAAUAUGUUGUUUUCCCCAGAAAGGGGAAUGUGGAACUGUAUACUUUAGCAACAUGAUUUGGGUCUACCGAUGCCCUCACUGUUGGGCUGGAGAACCUCGUGACUACAAAGAGAUGCUGAAAAGGUGAUGCAUCUUGAAAUAAAUGACAUAUCAGAUGUGUCUCUACAGAUAUUGGUUCACCCCUCCAAACCAAAUGGUAGUACUGGGGCUUUACAGGUGGGCCCAAACCAUCAGCUACUGGAGGCAUAAAACAUCUUUGCUGUGUCAGAUCAUUCAUUUCUGUAACUACACUACUCCAGUAUGUGUAUAUGCAAAAUAGUACUGUAUUGUGUCAGGUGUGCCUAGAGCUGUAAUAUGCAACCAGCUUCUUGUUUUUUUCUGUCUCCUGACAUUUAUUUUUGGACCUGUUCCCUCAUUCUCUGUUUUAUUUUUAUUUUAAUUGUCUUGCUGCAGCAAAUCUGGACACAGACUGUGUUUGGGAAUAUGUACUUUUGCAAAUGUAAAACCUCAUUCACCAUGUUCUCUUGAUGUGAUUUGGACAAAACACAUUUUACAACUUUGUAAUAAUAAAUAAACCAAAACAUUUUAACAAA